AAUAAUCAAAUAGUAUAAUGUAUAACAUAAAAAUAUAAUAUUGUAUUCUUCUACACAAACAACAGUGUAUAAAAACUGCAAAUUCAUUUGUAUUUGUAUAAAACAUAUUCUAACCAAAAUUAUGUCUGUAAUAUUUGUUUACUUUCUCAAUUUAAUAUCGUGGAAUAAUGAUCACUGAUGAAGAAUUGAAAGUUAAAAUGGAUUAUAUUGAAGAAAUAUCUUCUAUCUCUACACAGUCAUUAAAGGAACCAGAUAAAAUACUUAAUAAUAUACUACAUAUUUCAAAACGUGCAUCAGGACAGCAACUAUUAAAUUAUAAACCAAGUAAUAUUAUUGUAUGCACCCUUAAACUUUUCUUUUAUUACAAAGAAAAUGUAUCUCAGACCGAUAACAUGUGUCAAUGGAAACGACGAAAGAAACGUCGACUUGCCAAAGAAUGUUACAAUAACUUAUUGCAUAUAUAUGUUCCUGUUAAACCUAAAGAAAUUCUUGAAGCAGUAAUUAAGAUAAUUUAUGAAGAUAAGCUUUGGGAAUUUGAAAGCUUUUGCUUUGAAAUUAUGUGUGAUCUGUUGGAAUGUGGAAUUAGUGGGUCAUUAUUAAUUCAUACGUUAUGGGACAAAAUUGAAAUUCCAAAUACAAAUAUAGAAGAAACGAGAAGAAUGAUGAGAAUACUAUAUGAGUUACUUGAUAUUUAUGAAUGGCCAGAUACUUAUGGUACAGUAAUCGUUAUUGAAAGAAUCCUAAAUCUUUUUUAUAUUUGUAUAACUACUAGACAAUCUUCUAUAGAUAUGAUACGUUCAUAUGCAAUGCUCAAGAAGGGUUUAGAGGUUUGCAUUAUUAAUCUGGUAAAACGUGUGGACAAUGAUCAUCUUUUGGUCAUAGUACAACACAUGUGUACAUGGGCUAUUGAAGAUGGAAUGACUGAUGACAUUAUUUUAGAGUUUGGUAGUACCCUUGAAUAUACAGCUUAUAUGCAUGUGGUAACAUUAUAUGAGAAAACGUUAACACCAAAGAUAUUUCCAUUAUUGAUGCGAAUGAUAGCAUCAAAAAGUAAAAUAACUAAUUUACUGGGUAACAGAGUUAUACAAUAUUUAUUAGAUAGAAAGGAAAAUAGAAUGAAUUUUGAUACGCCUAAACUGUUUUUUGAAAACACUCAAUUUGAUGUAAAAAUAGGCAAAUGUCUUAAAGAAGAUAAAUUAUUUUGCAAACUUCAUAGAGAAGUUUUACAUGACAGCCUUUUAAAAAGCAUUAUAAACCACUGUACAUCACGUAUGAAUUUAGAAACAACAUAUUGUACAAUUUGUUUGAUUGCAACAGAAAUUCCAUGCGGCUUCACAGCAGCGGCUUUAGUUUGUCUCAUAAUGAAUCUGCAAGAUCUAAUUUUAAAAGAAAAUAGACAUAAUAGUGAAGUAUCUUAUCAUUUACAUGCUAUGAUAAUAGCAAUUAUGUCUCUUUUAUGCUGGAUUCAUAAAGCUAAAGUAUUUUAUGAAUAUGUGAAUAAAAUAAUAUUGGAAAGAGCACAAUGGGCUCCACAUUUAAAUCCGCCUAUUCAAUCCCAAUAUAAUUUCGCAGCUCAUCAUAUUCUUUGGAAUAAGCCAGAAUUAUUUUUCGUAGAUUGGGAAGCACGGUAUGGUUUAUGGAAAUGUUUUCGUUUACGUGACGGUGACAAUACAUCAGAAAUAUGAAUAUUCAUUCCGUGUUUAAGGUUAAACAAAGAUUGUGUGAAAAUAUCGUUUAUUUGGAAGAUCAUACUUACCUCGCGCAACGUGACUGACUUCAAUCGAAUCUACUAAUUUGCGUUGUUCUAUGUUUUUAUAUAUUUUUCACUUGAUUGUCCAUGCAUACGGUGGAUAAAAUAUACGAAUAGUGACACGAGGCAUAGAAUCAAAUAUGAUUACAUAUGGAAAUUAAGAAUUUAUAA